AUGGCCGCGGCUCUCUCCAGCUCCGUGUGCGUGCUGCUCGCCGUGCUGCCGCUGCCGCCGCCGCCGGUGGAGGCCCAGAUGCCCGGCUCGUUCUUUUGGAAACCGCGCGUGGCGCUCGACCUAGCCUCUCCGAAGGGUGGUAUGCAACCGAAGACGACGUCAGGGAAGGUUCGGGCACCGACGACAAAAGAAAUCAUGGAUGGCUACGCGGUUGGCAUUAACGGGUUCAAGAUGGCGAUGGCGGCGGCGGCCGUCGCCAGCUACGUUGGAUAUAUGCAAAACGCCUUUCCGCAUCUGCACCCCUGCCGCGCGCACUAUUGGACCAACGCGUACCGCUGGGCGCUGCGUUACCUUAGUCUCCUUCCAGAUUGGUUGGGCGGCGACACAAAAUAUGUGGGCACGCACAGGGUGUGGAGAAAGCGCUUCUCCUAUAUGGAGAGCUUCGUGCCGAAGUGGAUUCGCCCCAUCUUUUACUGUGUGAGCGACGAGUCCUGGGAGCUUGAGGAGAAAGAGUGGGCGAAAUUCGUGAAAUAUGCUGAGCCACAUUUCGGCAAGUACUACCGCUACCCUUCGCGGAAAUUCAACAAUCACAAUUCAUUCCGACAUGUGGUUAAAGACGAUGAAUUAAGUCAAGACUCCAUUGAAUAG